GUCCAGGUUUGUGUUGAUGUUGACCACUGCUUUCCUUCGCCAUCUUGGAAUCCUUAACACGUGUUCGAUUUCAGAUCAGAUCAAUGACAUAGAUCAGAUCCACUGAUCAGAUCUCAGUGGAUCAGAUCUGGAUCAGAUCAAGUGCUUCCACAACCGCUUUCAAAAAUCCUUUCACAAUUUUUCACAAUCUCAAAAGUUCCUUUUCCCUUUUUUCCCACAAAACUUCCCUACCACCAAGGCACAAAAUGGCCCAGUUCAACGUAAAGUUCGAUCAUGAUUUCUGCCAAACUUCAGUUGAUUAUUUCCUUGCUUGUUGAGGAAAAAACAACUUUUACUCAUUUCCCAUAGAUUUUUCAAGCAGGUGGCAGUCGGCUAUGAUCGGCGAUGGUCUAGCCUGCGUGGCAGGCUCAAGGAAUAAAGAGAGCCUGCAACAAUCUCAAGGAAAUUUGAUAACCGCCCACUAAUUACUAUGAUAAUUUAUUUCCAAUCCAACCAAUCAUAUUUUCUGAAAUCCGUGUGCGUGAUGCAGUGUGAGUAACAACUAUAAAUAUACUUUAAUUUAUUACUAUUGUAUAUAGUUCAUAUUGUAACAAUCGUGACAUUCACGUGAUCGCAGACUUGUUUACGUUACAGUAAUUUUACAUAAUUAGAAAAACCGGUUUUUCUUGUUUUGGGGGACGAGAUAUUUUUUUUGGAACAUAAAUAAAAAGAAAAAAUAUGUAGUUUUUCGAGCGUGUUUUUAAACCCUUUUACGACGAAUAAAGCGAAAAUAAUCACCGUUUUCUACAUGGCGCCCAACGUGGGACGAGCUCACGAAGUAGAGAUUUAGAAUAUGUCGAAAAUCGACCGACUUAAAGCGAUUAGGGCGGCUCAUCGAGAAGUUUGCCAGAAACUCGAAAAGGAAACAUACGAUUUGUUAUCACAAGAAUUAUCCGACGAAGCGACAAGUAGACUCGAAGUUAUUGACUGUUUAUUGGAAGGUAAACAAAAGACUUUAAACGAUCUCGAUAACGCAAUUACUUCUCUGUGUAAAUUAAACGAAAUUAGCAAAGAAAUCGAAGAUUCAGAAGCGAUUGUAGCGAGAAUUAUAGCGUGUCGAAAGAAAAUUAAAGACUCAAAACAAGUCGUUAGCAAUGUACAACAAUCUCCCGUUUAUGUUCAAACGAAUUCAGCUCAAGAUAAUGUCGUUAAACCGCGUUUGCCAAAGUUAACUUUACCGAAAUUCAAGGGCGAUGUUACGAAAUGGACAACUUUUUGGGAUUCAUUUAAUAGCGCGAUUCAUUCGAACGAAAGUAUACCCGCAAUCGAUAAAUUUAACUAUUUAAAGGGUAUUGGCAACAAAAAAGUUUAUUAAUUUUAUUGCUUCAUCUGAAAGAGCAUGAAAAAAUAAGCCGAUUGGCCGUUUACUGCUCUAUUCUAUCUCAUCUGGUUCCGAAGUUAUACGCAAAAAUGUGCAAAAUAUAAAUUGCUGAUUCAGCACAUUCUGUAACGUCAUAAACUGGGUAAGUAUGUUUAUUGAAUAGUAAACUAAAGCAUAGCUGAGUAGAUGAUGAGAUGCAUGGGAACAUACUUCUAAUUUCGUUGUCAAGGCAACACAGUCGUUCCCAGGCCUCUUACACUGAUUUUGAAUAACUAGUUGCAUUUAUCUAUGUGUAUGUCAUUUUCGAAUUAUUAUCAUGCAAGUAAACUUUUGGCAUGCAUAGGUAUCAUACACAUACUUCUGAUAUUAUUUUAUUCUUAUCAGUACCUUGAAUAAAGCUGUUUCAUAAAAUUGGCGCAAGGGGCCUGGAAACGACAUUGUUACCUUGGCAACAAAAUUAGAAGUGUUUUUCCAUGCGUAUCAUCAUGUACAAUCAGUAUGCAAAAUUUCAUUUGAUUUGGGCCCAUAAUAACUGAGCUAUGCUUCAGUGUAGUAUUCAAUAAACAUACUUACCCAGCUAAUGACGUCACACGUUGUGCUGAAUCAGCAAUUUAUAUUUUCACAUUUUUGCGUAUAACUUCGGAACUAGAUGAGAUAGAAUAGAGCAUUAAACGGCCAAUCGGCUUAUUUUUUCAUGCUCUUUCAGAUGAAGCAAUAAGAUAGAUGAAGCAAUUUUUGUUGCCAAUACCCUUUAAAUGCUCAUCUCGAGGGUACGGCUGCAAGGGCCAUUCAAGGAUUAACACUUUCAAGUUCAAACUACACCUCAGCUAUAGAAUUGUUAAAGGAACGUUUUGGCAAGCCACAAAUUAUUAUUUCAGCUCAUGUUGACGAAAUGUUAAAAAUUCAAGCGAGCACAGAUGGUCGACUUUCAUCACUACGAUAUGUAUACGAUAAAAUCAGUGUAAACGUGCGAGGUUUGGCUUCACUUGGGGUACAAUCUGAGCAAUAUGGAAGCUUAUUAAUUCCUAUUGUUAUGUCUAAACUUCCUAGUGACGUAAGAUAAUCGCUCGUAAGAACAGUAGUGAAAUAUGGAAAAUAGAUGAACUUCUCGGCUGUUAAAACUGAAAUCGAAGCGAGAGAAUCGAGUGAAGGGGCCAGGGCAAGUGCAGUUGACAAUCGUAAGUUUUCCAAUAAUAACAAAACCCAGGCACCACUCGGAGCUAGUGCACUUUUCACAAAGACACAAGAGGACUUCAAGAUUCGUUGUGCUUUCUGCAAUAAUCUACAUUAUUCUGCUUCCUGUGAUGUUGUACAAUCCUACGAAAGUCGAAAGCAAAUUCUUGCAAAGGACAGACGAUGUUACAAUUGCCUUCGAAAGGGUCAUCAAGUGAAGGAAUGCUCAAGUCAAAAAAAUUGUAGACACUGUGGUAAACGUCAUCACCAGUCGAUAUGUGACACAGUGCAUGCAAAGGGAUUCGACGAAACUAAAGAGAAAUCGAAACAAGACGACGACGUGAAAACCAAGGUUACAACUGCAACGAGUUACGAGAAUCGAAGAAAGCGAAAUAGUGUUCUUUUGCAAACUGCACGGGCAGUAGCUCUGGAUGAAACUGGGAGACAUUCAGUUCCAGUACGAAUUCUUCUGGACACAGGAAGUCAACGAUCAUAUGUGACUGAGGACUUGCGUUCCAAAUUAAAACUGAAACAUGUUCAACGUGAGAAACUCACACUCAACACCUUCGGAGAGAAUCGGUGCAAGAAUCAAAGUUGUGAUCUGGUAAAUUUACGCCUUCAGAAACCUGGAAAUCCUGAAAUUAUUGAAAUUUCUGCAUUGACCUUCCCUGUAAUAUGUUCAGCCUUACCUUCCACGGUAAACAUCGAUGAUUACUCACACAUUCAGGACUUAGACCUAGCUGAAGACUUUGAUAACGACAACCACGAUUCAAUUGAUGUGCUCAUUGGAUCCGACUACUAUUGGGACAUUAUUAUGAGUGAAUCGAUUCGAGCAGAUUAUGGUCCAACUGCCAUCAACAGUAAAUUUGGUUGGGUUCUUUCUGGCCCAGUAACCGAUUCAUUAUUUAGUGUAGACAACACCGCAUCUCACCUAAUCAUCUCCGGAGCAUCGGAAUUCCUUCCAUAUCAAAGUAACGAUGAGAUUGUCACUGUGUUAAGAAAAUUUCGGGAAACGGACAGUAUUGGUAUCAAAGAUAAUAGAGAUAUCGAAGAGAAAUCCGAAGCGAUAACGAGUGAAAUUGUGAAACCUGUUUUUAAAGAGGAUCAUUACGAGGUCAGUCUGCCAUGGAAAGAAGAUUAUUCGCCAUCUUCAACGAACUACCGAUUGUGUGAAACAAGGCUGAGAUCGCUACACCACAAACUAAAGAAUGAACCGAAUCUGCUUUAUGACUAUCACGAGAUUAUUAAGGAUCAAGAACAUAAGGGGAUUGUCGAAAGAGUUGAAGAAUCAACAAGUGCAACCGAGCAAAGUUUGAAACGAGUUCAUUAUUCACCCCACCAUGCUGUAAUUUGGAAAGACCGCAAAACAACCAAGGUUCGUGUCGUGUAUGACUGUUCAGCCCAACAUUCGAAAGACGAUCGAUCGUUAAACGAUUGUUUAGAAGUCGGUGAAAAUCACAUCCCUCAUGUGUUCGAUCAACUAACGAAGUUUCGAUGGAAUGCUAUUGGUCUCACCGGUGACAUUGAAAAGGCAUUUCUGAUGGUAGGCAUCAAUCCCGAAGACAGAGACAUGCUUCGUUUCUUAUGGUAUGAUGAUCCAUUUGCUUCAAAUCCCGAGCCUGUUAUAUAUCGUUUCAACCGACUAGUGUUUGGUCUCAGACCAUCGCCAUCAAUUCUGGGAGCUACGAUCGAGCACCAUCUUUGUUUGUUUCAACAAAGCGAGCCUGAAAUUGUUGAAAUGUUGAAAGAUUCCUUAUACGUGGAUGAUUUCAUAACGGGGGAGGAGAACGACGCGAAAGCCUUCAAUGUGUACAAGAAAUCGAAAGAAAUCAUGGCGAAAGGUGGAUUUAACCUACGUAAAUGGCAUUCGAACUCUCCGAAUCUCUUGAAGUUGAUUGAAACUGACGAAACUUCUUUGCACGAACAUUCCAAAUCAGCACCGAUUGUUAAUACAACUGAAGAUGACGAGUCAUAUGCGAAGUCGCAAACUACGAUUGGGAAUUUCAAAGAAGAGAAUGACUCGACUGUUAAGGUUUUAGGAUUAAACUGGGACACAACUUCGGACGAAAUUUUCUUUGACUUAAGCGAGUUAGCAGAAUAUGGUCAUGCCCGACCUGAAACGAAACGUUCAGUCCUUAGCCUUACCGCAAAGAUCUUUGAUCCCAUUGGGUUCUUAACGCCUUUCACGGUUGAAAUGAAGAUCUUAUUUCAACAACUUUGUUUGAUUAAGACUAAUUGGAACGAUAAACUAGAAGGAAAUCUAUUACAAAAGUGGAAAUCAAUUCUGGAUGAGUUGAAAUUCCUUACGGACAUACGUAUUCCUCGUUGCUAUUUUCAAUCGACUCCUAUAGGCAUACAAUUUCAUGGUUUCAGCGACGCCUCAGAACGUGCGUAUGCUGCUGUUUUGUACUUACGUUCUGUUUACGAAGAUGGUUGCAUUUUAGUACGCCUAGUAGCCUCAAAGUCUAGAGUAGCACCGAUAAAGAAGCAAACAAUUCCACGACUGGAAUUGCUAGGGACUGUUCUUCUUGCAAGACUUGUGAACAAGUUUACUUCAACAAUUAAACCGAUCAAACAAUUAGAAACAAUCAAUUGGACUGAUUCCACAACUGCCCUCUGUUGGAUACAAAACGAAAGAAUAUGGAAACAGUAUGUACAACAUCGCGUUGACGAGAUCCGAAGUUUGACCCUCAAAGAUUCGUGGAGACAUUGUCCAGGUGAACUUAAUCCCGCCGAUAUACCGUCUCGUGGCCUGAAUGCAAAGAAACUUUCUGACAAUUCGAUGUGGUGGAAUGGUCCAUCGUUUUUACUCCGACCAGAGGCUGAAUGGCCUAAACCUCGACCCAUACAAGAAGAGAACGAACAGGUUCUACAAGAAGCAAAAAAAAGAAUGCACCAGAAAUCACUCACUCGAUGGCCAAUACUUCGUCUGACUACCCUGUUGCAAACGUGGAGAUGAUAAUGGACAGCACUCGUUACAGCACAUUAACAAAAUUACUUCGUGUUACGGCACUGGUGAUGAAAUUUAUUUCCAAGGUCAAGAAUCGUGUAAAAUCGAAAGAGAAUUGUGAUUCGGUUCAGAGAGAAUUGACUGCCUCGGAAAUUAACGACGCGGAAAUUGCGUGGAUCAAAUCAGUACAAGCUAAACCGUUCGAAAACGAGAUUCGAUAUCUUGCGCGUAAGAAAACGAAGGAAGAAUGUCUGUCAUCGCCGAAAUAUGUCACGCAAUUUGGGUUAUAUGUAGAUCAACAGGGAAUCGUUCGUUGUGGCGGAAGAAUUGACAAUAGCACCUUGUCAUCGAACUGUAUACAUCCGAUUUUACUUACUUACAUCCGAUUUUACUUACUUCCAGACACCAUUUUGUUGAACUGCUCAUCGAACACACUCACAAGCAUACUGUACUGCACAACGGUAUACGAGAUACCCUCACUGCAUUAAGGGAACGUUUCUGGGUGAUUCGUGGACGUGAAUCGGUUAAGAAAGUUAUUCGAAAGUGCGUUACUUGUCUCAAACAGGAAGGAAGUUCUUACGGACCACAACAACCAACUGAUUUACCAAACACAAGAGUCUCAGAUGACCCACCUUUCACGCACGUAGGACUCGAUUUCGCUGGUCCAAUUUAUUUCGAUUCGAAAGGGACUGAAACCGUUACCAACCAUUCGUCAAAGAAAUCAUAUGUUUGUCUGUUUACAUGUUCAUCAACAAGAGCUCUACAUCUUGAACUUUGUCGAACUUUAAACGUCCCGGAUUUCCUGUUAGCUUUUAGAAGAUUCUCUAGUCGACGGAGACUUCCUGCCACUCUAACCUCAGAUAACGCAAAGACUUUCAAGUCGGCAUCCAAGGAAUUGCUCAAAAUCGUUAGAUCCGAAGACGUGAAACGUUACCUUCACAAUAAUCGUAUCUCUUGGAAUUUUAUUGUUGAGAGAGCCCCUUGGUCGGGCGGGUUUUGGGAGAGGUUGGUUCGAAGUGUCAAGCGACCUCUCAAGAAGAUAUUAGGACGUUCGACAUUAAGUUUUGAAGAACUCCGCACGAUUUUAGUCGAAAUAGAGACGUUGAUCAAUUCAAGACCUAUUACCUACGUUUACGAUGAUGUCGAUUCAAUAUCGUAUCCUUUAACGCCUUCAAAUCUGAUAUAUGGUAGACGUAUUAGUUCAACGCCGAACAGCGCCCAUCACGAAAUCAUCAGUACUUAUAGAUCUCUGACGAGAAGAGCUCGCCAUCAGCGAAAUGUAUUAAUACAACUGACAGAACAGUGGAAGAGAGAGUACCUGACGAGUCUAAGGGAACAAUCAACACUGAAACAGAAAAACAAUACUCGUGAAAUAUCAAUUGGAGAUAUUGUGUUAUUGAAGAAAGAAUCGACUGCCAGAUGUAUGUGGAAACUGGCUAAAGUAGUGGAACUGCUUCCGGGUUCAGAUGGAAAGGUUCGCGCAGCAAUAGUUAAGGUUGCGAACAGUGAUAAACGACCAAUUUACCUCCGAAGAGUUGUGCAACAUCUUAUCCCAAUCGAGGUGAAGGCUAAUAACGACCAAGAAACACAACAACAUCCUGUUGUUAAUCCUUCAUCGCCCGUUGUCACUGACAAUGAAUUAAGACCCAAACGUAAUGCUGCAAUUAUUGGAGAGAUUGCUCGAAGAGAAAGGGACACAUAAACUGUACAUUGCUUGUUGUUUUGUUAAAGUUUAUUACUAGAGUUAAUAAACUUGGGGGAGUGUAACAAUCGUGACAUUCACGUGAUCGCAGACUUGUUUACGUUACAGUAAUUUUACAUAAUUAGAAAAAACCGGUUUUUCUUGUUUUGGGGGACGAGAUAUUUUUUUUGGAACAUAAAUAAAAAGAAAAAAUAUGUAGUUUUUCGAGCGUGUUUUUAAACCCUUUUACGACGAAUAAAGCGAAAAUAAUCACCGUUUUCUACACAUAUAGAGUGGCUCGAUAAUUCAAACACUUUUAAAAAAUUGGCAGUUUAAAUUACUUUUGGAGUAAAUAAAACAGAGUUUACACCGGCGAUGUCGGUUUGGUACAUUUCGAUACAUUAGCACAGAAUAAGGUACACAGAAGGGCCCCCUGGCCGCCAUCUUCCUAGCCAGAAAAACAGAACAAAUUACAGUAAAUCACAACAAACUACAGAAGCGGAAGUUCAAAAAGUCUUUUCAAUUCAAUUCAAAAGUCUUUUUAAUAGAUCAAAAGAUAAAAAUACAUAUCUUAUGUUACAAGUAUAUAUUAAGAAUACAUUAGUAAAGUUUACAUCAUAUGAAUAGGUUAUAGUUAAAAAUUAAUCUAUUUGCAAACGACAAUUUAAAACGUUCCGUGUUCACUCUUGGAUACUGACUAAACUCUGUCCUCAAAGAGUAGCUUGUGGAUUUUUUUCUUGGUAUCAAGUCGACUAUGGCACUCUUCUGAUUUACAGAAGCUUUAAAAAUAUUUCUGUCCUGUAUUUCUAAAAGAUAUCUAAUAUUUACAGGUUCUGAUAUAUACUUUCGCUUAAAACAUCUGUCAAAAAACCGUUGUAGAGUAUAUGAGUUCGAGCUGGAGAAGAACCGUAGACGGACAGGCCAAACGUUAUAGUAGAUAUUACUAGGGUCUUAAAUAGAUAAUCUAUCUCACAUUGGCUAUAGCCUUCUGCCCUGAGUGUUCGUAUAACGUACAAGCAUUUGUUUGCUUUGACCAAUUUACCUCGCACAUGACUGGUGAACUUGAGAUUGUCUUGAAAAAUAGUACCUAAAAUGGGAAGUUCUUUGCAUUGGGGUAUAUUAUAAACAUUGUCGAGUUGAUCAUUAUAUCCCUUCUUCCGGAUGAUAAGCUCUUUACAUUUACCAGGGUUACAAGUCAUAAAAUUAUCGUCAGACCAGCUCAGGAAUUGUCCAACUGUAUCUGUUGAUGUAUCAGGACCGUCACUCCAAACUGGCACUAUUAUAUUUGAAUCAUCCGCAUAUUUAAAAAGAGCGUUCUCGCCGUCUAUGUCCACCUCUAAAUCAUUUAGGAAAAUAUUAAAAAGGUAGGGGCCACUUACGCUCCCCUGUGUUGUACCCUUAUUAGCAUCCAUCCAUUCUCCACAAAAAUCGUUACAAACGACUCUUUGCUUUCUAUUCUUUAGAAAAUUUAAAUACCAAUUUAUGAUAUAAGGGUUGAGUGGCACAGUUUUUAACUUUUCCGAGAGGAGUGAAUGUUUCACUGAGUCGAAAGCCUUGCUAAAAUCCAUAGAAAACAGUCUAACUGCUUUGCAGUCCGCUCUAUCUAAGAAGCUGAGUACUUUGUUCUGAAUAGUUAACAGAGCGUUUGUACAACUCCCCCCCCUGCCUGUACGCAAAUUGCGUUGGGGAUAAAAUUUCCUCAACUGUCGACUUGACCUGACUAUUAUAAACGAGCUUUUCGAAGGUCCUCGCAAUUACAGGUGUAAUAUUUAUUCCACGAAAGUCACCAUCUUCCUUUGGUAAAUCAACCUUUGUAAGAGGGUUAAUAUUCGCUCUUUUCCAUGAAUCUGGCCAAGUAUGUGAUGAAAGGGACAAAUUCCAGACGUUAGUUAUAACUUCGGUUAGAAUUUCCGCAUGAUCAUUCCAAACCCAAUAGGGAAUAUAAUCGGGACCUGUUGCUGCCCUCUUUAUUCUUUUCAAGGCAUUCCAUACCUGCUGUUCCGUAAAGCUAGGAAUAUCUACUUCAUCACCAAUAAUUGAGAGCGUCGGUUCGACAUAACUAUCAUCGUGGCAGAGUUCGCCAAAGUAGCGAUUUAAUCUUGUAAGUGAUGCAUUAUCUAAAGUAACUCUUGAUGACGAUGCAUUUCGCUGAGAAAUAUCAUUCGUCUUUCUCCACCAUGUUCUACUUCCCACCAAGGCCCUGAAAUUUCUUCUGUUUUGACAAAUGACAUCAGAAAUCCUUUUGUUAAUUAAACUGAGUCUAUCCUUUUGCGACCGAGCAAUUCUGGAUUUAGAUUUUAGCAAAGAUUUAAUUAAAGGACUCAUCCAGUAAGGGUCACGUGACAAAAUGAGACUGUUUUUGUGGGCAUACAUUCAUUCAUAUGAUGCAUGAUCUUACGUUCAAGACAAUUCACAGCGUCAUUUACAUUCGUGGACUGCGAUACAUCCUCCCAAUCUUCUUCUGCUAAAGCUUUGUGGAAAUCUUCCUUUCGAUGCUUUCUACAAUCCCGAAAUUCAACCUUUCGGCGCAUAGGUUUUAGUUUCGUUCCUGCUGGUAAAAUAACCCCCAUGUGGUCUGUUUUAGUUGGAA